AUGCUGGCCCCCAGCUCUGCUCCAAUGCCAGAGCAGGGCUGGCAAACCUCAGGAGCCACAGGAAGCCCCCAGAACCUGAGGAAAUUCAAGAGCCAGGACUUCAGAGAGCUGAGAGCCUCGUGCCUGAGCCAAGGGCUGCUCUUUGAGGAUUCCACCUUCCCUGCCCACGUCAGCUCCAUCGGUCCCAGCCUGCUCCCACAGGAGAAGCUCUGGCGGAUCCAGUGGAAGAGGCCCACGGAACUUCAGAGAAAUCCUCAUCUGAUCACGGAUGGAGUUAGCAGAUUUGACAUCAUGCAAGGAGAAAUAGGUGACUGCUGGAUGCUGGCUGCCCUGGGCUCCCUGACGCUGCGAAAACAAUUUUUGGAAAAUGUUUUGCCCAAGGACCAAGGAUUCCAGGAGGAUUAUGCUGGGAUUUUCCAUUUCCGGUUCUGGCAGUAUGGAGAAUGGGUGGAUGUAGUGAUAGAUGACCGGCUGCCAUUCCUAAAUGGAAGAUACCUGUCUGUACACCCCCGAACUUCAAAUGAAUUCUGGCCAUCCUUGCUGGAAAAAGCAUAUGCCAAGCUGCAGGGCUCCUACCAGAACCUGAAUGGAGGCUACCUCUCAGAUGCUUUAGUAGACCUCACAGGUGGAGUCCAGGUGCAGUUUUCAUUGAAGGAGCCACCUUCUGAUCUGGAGGAGAUCCUGAGAGCAGCUGACAGGUCUCGGUGUCUCAUGGGCUGCAGCACCUCGGGCCAGUCAAGCAGGAACAUAGAGCUGAGGAAUGGGAUUGUGCAGGGCCAUGCCUACACCGUCACAGGAGCUGUGAAGGUCCCCUACAAGAAUGCCUGGAAGCAUAUCAUCAGGAUCUGGAAUCCAUGGGGCCAUGGGGAGUGGAAGGGGCCCUGGAGUGAUAACUCUCCUCAGUGGGACCGUGUUGAGCCUAAAUACAGAGAAGCCCUCCUCAGAAAUAAGGAUGAUGGAGAAUUCUGGAUGUGCUGUAAGGACUUCCAGGAGCAGUUUUCAUGGCUGUACAUAUGUAACAACACGCCAACAUUCCUGGACUUUGGAGAUGAGCGCGGCACAGCAGCGUGGUCUCUGACCAGCUACACCAACCUGUGGAGCCCAGGCCUUCCCUCCAGGAGGAGCCGCUAUUCCCGGGGUGCAGCUUCUACAAACCCUCAGUAUUUUUUCAAAGUGCUAGAUCACAACCCAAAAACCUGUAAUGUAGCCAUUUCACUCAUGCAAAAACCCGCUGAGCAUGUGCAGGAUGAAAGAAACCUGGGGAUUGGCUUUUUCAUCACCACGGAGAACUCCAGAGUUCUGAAGCAAACCUUUCUCCAGGCUCGAGAUGUGACCAGCUGCCUGAUGCUGAGCCCAGGGACCUACGCCGUGGUUCCUGCUGCAGCAGAGGACCAGGAAUUCCAAUUUCUCCUAAGGAUUUUCAUAAAGAAUCAGGACUACCAUGAGAAUUCAAGCUCCCUGACCAGCCCAGAGCUGCCAAUGGAUGUACCAAGACAGAACCAGAAUAGCUCCUAUAAGGCUCUUUUCCUAAGACAUGCUAAGCAGGGCUCAACUAUCGAUGCCUCGCAGCUGCAACAACUCCUUAAUGAAGUGAUCUCCCAAGAUGAAAUGACCAGCCUGGGAGGGAGAUUCAGCUUUGAUUCAUGCAGAGGCAUUUUAGCUCUGAUGGAUCUCAACUCGAACGGGAGGCUCACCCUGCAGGAGUUCGGGAGCCUCUGGAGGAGCCUCACUAAGUACAGGGAGAUCUUCUUCAGGGAAGACAGGAACCGUUCUGGAUUUCUUGAUGUUGCUGAACUGGAGAAUGCCAUACAGGCAGCAGGUCUGUCCGUGGACGUGGUGCUGCUGCGGCUGCUGACGCUGCGCUACGGCGAUGGCGCCGGCAGGGUUGGGUUCCGCGACUUCGUGUGCUGCAUGCUGCGCCUCGACACCAUGAGCCAUGCAUUCCAAAACUUAGCAGAGGGCGGAUCACAAAUUUCAAUGACAGCAAUGGAGUGGCUGACCCUUGUCAUGUACACCUAGAGGGAUGACAGAGGUCAUGGUGACUUUUCUUCCUCCUCAGCAGAGCAGUGCCAAAGGCCAUCCCAUAAAAAAUCCAUCCAUAGAAUUCUUGAAAAACCACAGUGAAGGAGUGGAGCCAGGUGUCCUCGUGCUUGGUGGUACUCCAGGCUGCUGGGGUGAAGAGUCCUUUCCAGGCAACCUGGAGGUGCUUGGAGAGGGAAGAAUUGCUAAUGGAAGCACUCCAUGGGCAAACUGGAAGUACUUAAUGGUCUGGGCAAGCUGGAAGUGUUGA